CUUGAAUCAUUACGAAUGGUUGUUGUAAUACUCAUGUUUAUUUUAGAGAGAUCCCUUGAUGAAACAUGUGGAGAUGAUUCACAAUGUUCUCUUGUAAGCAACAGCAUAUGUAACAGUGGUAUCUGCUCUUGUAAGAGUGGUUUCUUUCAUUCUGGAAACAUAUGUACAAAGAGAUCCCUUGGUCAGACAUGUAGUGCUGAUACCCAUUGUAUCAUAGUAACCAACAGUGAAUGCAGAAAUAGUUAUUGUUCUUGUAAGAGUGGCUACUAUAAAGAUGGAAAUACAUGUACAAAGCGCCAGUUGGGACAAUCAUGUGAUGUAACAAACCAGUGUUCAGCAGUCAAUGCAGUGUGUAGUAAUAGAAAAUGUCAGUGUCGAAGUACAUAUUAUGAUACAACCGGAUCUGCAACUGGUGGAUCUUGUAUUCUGAAGAUUCCUCUUGGUGGAACAUGUCCACAACCAACAACUACUGUACCAAACACAGCAACCUGCAGUGAUACUUAUGCUACAUGUACAGGAAGUGGUUCUUACACAUGUCAGUGUAUCAGUACAUAUUAUGACAAUAUGGACAGUACAGACAGGAAAUGUGUACAAAAGGUUGGACUUGGAUACAGCUGUCCUAGACUAAAUGCCUGUGGAACUUCUAAUGCCGGUUGUGUUGGUGGAAAAUGUGUAUGUGACAUUCAGUACUAUGAUGACAACGGUUUCACAAAUAAUGGAGGAAGUUGUGUCCCCAGAAUAUCUUUAGGAGCUUCUUGCAAUGGUAAUCCACCAACAAAUCUCUAUCAGUGCAGUGAUACAAGUGCGACAUGUUUAUGGUCCUCUGGUUCCUACAGAUGUACCUGCAAUACGGGAUACCACCCGGAAGGUUUAGAAUGUAUUGCCAAUAAGCCCCUUGGGGAGACAUGUUCUUUUCCAACUGAUUGUUCAGAUCCUGCAUCAGGCUGUUUGAAUAGCAAAUGUACCUGUGGUCACAAUUAUUAUGACAAUAAUGGCUUUACUCAAGGAGGAACAUGUUCACCAAUGACAAAUCUUCAAGUUACAAAUAUUGUCUUUCCGUCAUCCUCAGUAAAAACAAAUGAGAUUACAGUAACAUGGUUAACACCAGUUAAUUAUAAACAGUUCAUAGAUCGGUAUACUGUGGAAUGGAAGCGGACUUAUGAUAACAGUAUUGCUGUUCAGUCAGAAAGUGUUGCUUCAUCCGGUACAUCACUGACACUUACAAGAGGAAUAGAGUCCGGUAGAGCAUACACUGUGACCAUCAUAUCAAUAAAUAACCAAACACAGACAAAUACAGAAAGAACUUCAUCAGUUAGUAAACAACAGGCUGCAAAACCAGCUGUGACUAGUGGACUAGACUGGCCCAACAGUGAUCGAGAUGCCACUACUGGUACUAUCAAGGUGGCUUGGGUUGCUGCAGCUGGUUAUGUAGGUCAGUACCAGGUACAGUUGCUAGAUGGAACAACAAUGAUCAGGUCAAAAACAGUUAAUUCGCCUAACACACAUGCUGAGUUUCAAAGUUCAGGACUUAGAGAUGGAUAUAGAUACAAUGUUGAAAUAGAGGCACGCAGUGAAAGUUACGAUUCCGGAAAACGUGUAUCAGGAGAAACGUUCACAGCAGAAUUCAAAACUACGCCCAAAACUCCAGACCCACCACAAAAUGGUUUCUGCAAGGAUUCAACAGACAAAUCUAUCACUUUGGAAUGGUCAAAACCUGCUGAUACAAAAGGAGACUUAGUGAAGUACCACAUCUAUGUCUACCAGAACUCUAAUACUCCCAAAUUUAUUGUAAGCACAGCAGGAACAGAAACUCAGAAGAUAGUUGGUAAUCUUGAUCCAGGUACAUCAUAUACAUUCUGGAUCUAUACAGAAAAUGAGAGGUACAAUUCAACCAGUUAUAACAGUGUAACAACAGGCUGUAGAACUAAAGCUAAAAUGUCAGAACCACCAACCAACCUCCAAAUAACUGGAAUUACAAGUCGUAGUUUUGAUAUCUCCUGGAUGGAACCUACAGAAACCUACAGUCCAGAGAACUAUGGUUAUGUUCUACAGAUUAAGGUUGAUCAGGAUAAAUGUGUGAAAGAGAUCAUUUAUAGAUGUUCAGACUGUGUAGGCAGUUUUCAGAUUUCAAACUUGAAUGGUUUAUGCAAUUCUACAGUUCGAUCAACGAUAGGCAAGACUAAGCAAGAACUAGAAGGUCAGCUAACAUUAUCCUCUCCGCAGGUACCGUAUGGAUUUGACAUAAGAAGUUACCUGGCAGAAGGUCUAGAAGAAUAUUGGAGCUACAAUGUAACUGUGACAGCCGCUACAAAUGUUGGCGCUAAAACAUCUAACCGAGUACAUUUCAGAACUCGUCCUACAGCACCAGGGAAAGUUUCCGACUUACAGAUAACAGAAGCACCAGGAGACAUAUAUACAUGGAUGCAGAUUUCCUGGAGAGCACCUGCAAUUCUAUUUUGGAAUAGUAUUAUUAAAGAAUACAGUUUAGAUAUCAGUACAUCCGAUAGGAAUGCAACGGCACAAAGUUUGUCACAUGAAAAUAAUGAACAUCAUGACUAUACGGUAGUUGUGAACGUAGUACCUGAAGAAACAUACACAUUUAAGGUGUAUGCUACAAACAGUCUAGAUAUGAAGGGUGAAGUUUCCACUGUCGUGAAACAAGCCCCAGCUGGAGUCCCAGUUAAUAUAGAAGACACGUUGCAAGUCGAUAUAAUAUCUUUGCAUCAAAUGAAAAAUGUUGAAGAUAGGCAGUUCACUGUUAUAUUAGUGCAAGAUUUUUUCGAGGAGUCAACAUACGGGCAAAUACAAGCAUCCGGGCUUAUUGCAUGUGCGAAGGACUGCAAUUUCGAAGGCAUUAAGACACUUGCAGACUUCAACACAAUGGAUAAUUGGCAAGAUGCAUCACGAAGGGGUUUCACGUUAUAUCGUGUAACCAAUCCAGCAUGGAUGGAUAAGAUGCAAACACAAUGUACAUGUGGUAGAAGUAAACGGGCUGUAACAAAUGUUGAAUAUACUGUUGGUAGCGAUGAAUGUUCCGACACUCCUCAAAAGCAGUAUUGUAAUGGACCACUUAAAUCUGGAACAAGUUACAAACUUGUUGCUGUAUCAUGCACUAACGGUGGAUGUCUUUUGAGUCAGGUGUAUGGACCUUUUGUAACAGCCGCUAAAGAACAAUCUGACGAUGGAUGUAACUGUUCGACGGAGUCCAUCAUUAUUGGCGUUGUACUUGGAUUUACAAAUCUUCUUCUACUCGUUUAUGCGGGUUAUACAACGUUAAUAAUCAGACGAAACAGAGUCGAUAAAGAUGGACUAAAAAUGAGCACAUCAAAUAAAUGUGAUCAUAAAAGCCAAACAUACGUAAAUGAAUCGUUCAUGGUAGGAGUCGCAGGUGUCGGGGGAAGUGAAGACUUGGAAACAUUUAGUAACGUUGCGCCUGGUAGAGAAUCUGAGACUGAAUAUUCCAGACUUGACGAUAAUACAAGGGAGGACAGAACAACUUAUGAUAUUAUUCAGACCAGUCGUCAAUAUUAGUAUAAACUGAAGCAGACAGAGAGAUGUUUAUAAAAAUACUACAAGUGUUCUACAUUUUUGUUUCCUUGUUAUCUUUUAGAAAUAUUUGGGACAAUAAUAUUGCCAUGAUGCACAUUUAGCUGCUGUCCAUAACAAAUACGCUCAGUUUUAUUCCUACAUCUAUAAAAUGGAUGCACCAUUGUUAACUGUACUUUGUUAACUAAGAACUGCUUUAAUCCAAUACGAAUCUAGACUUCAGUAAUCUAUACCAUAUUUCAGUUUAAUAUACUUAUGAGGUG